GCCUGACAUUAGAUCGUCAUCGCAAUCACGAUUUUGCUGCUGCUCAGUUCCGUCUGGCUGCCCGGCAUGGUGGAAGCUGUAAACUUUCUGUUGCUUACCUUGGUGCAUAAUGAUAAAGGGGGAUGGGCUUGUCGUGAGUUAUUGGCGGGAGGGGAAAGUUGAAGUUCUUGGGACUAGAUGUGCGAAAUCAUGUCACGGGCAUGGUGACUUGGUGCGCCAUCGUGGUAACUAUUAUCAUGACGACUGUACAGGUCCAGGAUAUGCCGGGUCAAGAAGGGACGCGCUGAGAGGGAGAGGAAUAAUGCCGCUCAUUAUUCGAGAUGGGCCUGGCCGCUGGAUCACUGUAUACUUCGUUGGGUUCUGGUCGGUGGCUUGUCCGGUCUAUCGGGGACUUGGGCCCGUGGGGUUCGCCAUGUCUCUGCUACUGGGAAGUGUGGUUGCGAUCCGAGGGCUGGUGUUAAGAACGGUUCAAGCAGACCGUGUCACUUUUGUUUGCUGGGCGGGUUGGCUUAUGGUGCUGUAUUGCCAGCCAUUGAUGAGCCGGUAUGCUAUCUUCACAGCACUCUGAUCUG